AUGUAUGCCUUCACCCCCGAAUCCUUCCCCGCCCCCCACCGCGGCACCGGCACCGGCACGGCCGCUUCACUGCUCCGGUUCGGCGGCCGCUACACCGAUUUGAUCGCCUCGCAGACGGGUUUCACCCCGGCGCCGAUCUAUGCGUCUGCUGCGCUGUGGGUGGUUGUUGGGGUGUACGCUGCCGAUCUGGAUCUUAUCGUAUCUGAUCACCCAGGAUUUCAGGGUGCGGUUCCUGGCUAGAUUUAGAGGUCAUGGUUGCGAGUGUCCCUUUAGGAAUAAAAAUGGCUAGU